AUUCACAGUUGCGGCUUGCAAGCAUGAGCUCCCGGCCUUGUGGCUGGAAGCGGUAGCACCUCGUGGCACCUACGUCUGCGUCUGUCUACACAUGGUUUGGCAUCUCAGUGACCGGCACAUCCUAGGCCACCACCAUGGUGAAGCUAUUAGUAGCCAAAAUCCUUUGCAUGGUGGGUGUGUUUUUCUUCAUGCUGCUGGGCGCCCUGGUCCCCGUGAAAGUCAUCCAGAUGGACUUUGAGAAGGCCCAGCGCUCCAAAAAGGUUCUGUCCCUCUGUAACACGUUCGGCGGUGGUGUCUUCCUGGCCACGUGCUUCAACGCCCUGCUGCCCGCCGUGCGGGAAAAGCUCCGGCAGGUGCUGAGUCUGGGCCACAUCAGCACCGAUUACCCGCUGGCCGAGACGCUCAUGCUUCUGGGCUUCUUCCUGACGGUCUUCGUGGAGCAGCUGGUGCUGACCUUCCGCCGGGAGCGGCCGUCCUUCAUCGACCUGGAGACCUUCAACGCGGGCUCGGACGCGGGCAGCGGCGUGCCGGGCAGCGUGGCGUCCGCGCUGCUGCAGGGCCUGGCGGGCGGCACCUUCCUCUUCGUCACCUUCCUGGAGAUCCUGGCCAAGGAGCUGGAGGACAAGAGCGACAGGCUGCUCAAGGUGCUCUUCCUGGUGCUGGGCUACGCCGUGCUGGCGGGCAUGGUCUUCCUCAAGUGGUGACGCCGUUGCGCGGCGGCGCCUGCGGCCACGU